CUUCAAUACGUAUGUUAGCAUAUGGUUGUGCAGCAGAUAUUCUUGACGAGUAUGUCCAAAUUGGAGAGAGCACAAUAAUUGAGAGCUUGAAACGAUUCUGCGAUGCUAUAAUUGGCAUUUUUGAAAAGCAAUAUUUACGAAAACCGAACAAAGAUGAUGUUGCACAACUUUUGAAAGAGGGAGAAGACCGUGGAUUUCCAGGAAAAAUUAUUUGCAAAGCAUCAAGAGUCUGUAAGAAAAGAUGUAGAACGAGCAUUCGGAGUACUGCAAAGUCGGUGGCAUAUUAUCAAAGGUCCAGCACGUAUGUGGAACCAAAAGGAUUUAGGAAAGAUUAUGAAAACAUGUAUCAUUUUACAUAACAUGAUUGUUGAAAGUGAGAAUAGUCAAGGCAUUGAUCCUCAAAGUUGGCAAUCCGAGGGAGAAGAUACAAGUGACAAUGUUGUUCCGGAUCAUGAUUUUACCUUCCUUUUUUCAAGGAUGAAGACUCGAAUGAAGGAAAUACAAAAUAAAAGAUUGCACCGAGAGUUAAAGACCGAUCUCAUAAAUCAUUUGUGGGAGUUACAUGGUGGCCAACAAGUUGAUUGAUCUUUUAUUAAAAUGACUUCAUAUAUCUUAUUUGAACUACUCAUACAGCUGGAAAUUCAUUUCUAUUUCUUUGUUUUCUA